UCAGAAACACUGAAUUACGGACCGGGCGCUGCUCCUCUAGGCGGCAGUGAAGCGCUGUACUCUGGAUUAGUUGAGCUGCAGAGGGAGAGUUCAGCGCGCUGGUUUGUUUGUUGGUCCCAUCUGAUGACGUCCCACGCAGCACCAGCUGGCACAAUGCCUGUUGCCCCAGAAUCCCCCUCUCUGGGUGUUACAGUUAGUGGCAAUGUGCAGAAGUACAGCAUGAAGAAAAAGAAAGUGCUCAAUGCUGAGGAGAUGGAACUGUUUGAGCUCACUCAGGCUGCAGGGAUCGUCAUGGACCAGGAGGUCUUCAAGAAUAUCGUGGACCUUCUGAAGAUGAAUGUAGCACCGCUGGCUGUUUUCCAGACCCUAAAGGCGAUGUGUGCAGGUCAGAGGAUUUCGGACACAUCUGUUGGCGACACGUCGACAGCGUCCCACUCCACUGCCGCCCCCUCCGAGUCCAGAGAAGAAGAUUCUAUGGUCUCAGAAAAGAGCACUAAAAAGCCAACUUCCCAAGCCCCUCCCACUGGCCCUGCUGCCCGCCCACAAAGGGGAGGGGCUAAGAUAGUGGUCUACGGCCCUGGUGACCAGAACUCUCCUCUCUCUCAAGUGCGCAGCAAAACAGGCACAGGUCAUGGGGAGAAAGCUGCCAGAGAUGGCUCCAGCCAGAGAGUGCCACGGCAGGCCAGCGCCACCAGGGGGCAGAAGAGCACCAAAAGCUCUGGCAGCAGCAGCUCGUCCUCCCAGGUCACCUCCAACUGAAGCCCUGCAGUAAACUGGCCUCUGUAAGGACCUGGUCCAGAUCUGGGGUCAAGCUAUGGACAGUGAUGCGACAGACGCUGACCAUGUGCCAGCCUUUUAUUUGACUGUAAAAAUGAAUUUGGAGAAUCCGUUGAAUCCGUUUGGAAGGGAGUGGAUUUUCCUUUUAGAUGCCCAUCUUACUGUGAUGAUGUGAUCUCCAGUUUUGUUUUUUAUAUUUAUUUAUUUGGUUGGUUGGUGGUUGUUUAACCCUUUUGACUUCCCCAAAGAUUUUCACUUCAGAUUCCUUACUAAAACCUACACAGUUUAACUGUAAAAUCACAACCACCUUAAAACAGCAAGAACAGGGUAACAGGAGCAUAAAAAAGUAAUAAAAAGUAUGUAGAGAAACAAAUGGACUACAGUCUAUGAUUAUAGAACUACAUUUUUUCUAUAUGAUCAGCACAGCUAAAAAGAUGAAUAUUUGUUGUAGAAACAAGGAGGUAGUCAUAAUGUUUUGAUUUUUUUUUUUUUAACAGUCACUGAUUCAUUUGAUAUAGAUUCUGAAUUCUUCAGUAAAUGCUAAAAAUGUCAUAGCAUAUACUAAAAAGUAAUAGGAUUAAAACCAUGUAGACAAUAAAUCACAGUAGAAAAUAGUUGAACAAUUGAAAAAUUAGACAUAAACUCAAAAUAAUUUAUAGUUUAAAAAACAGAAAGGUUUUUAAACUUGUGAUUCCUUUGUGCUGGUAUGAAUACAGUAAUAAUCACUAUAAUCAUUAUACCAGAAUAAUUUGUGAAGAGAACAUGAUCAGACCUCAAUCUUGUUUUAAUGCAUAUUUUUAAUGUGUAUAAAAUUUAUAUUUAGAAAGUCAAUCAUGCCUGAUUCGAUUUGAUUUGCUCUUUUACAGCAUAAAAACAGGUAAAAAAAAAAAAUUGUCCCUCUCACUCUGUGAAACAUCAUGUGCCAUUUAACCUGUAAAUCAUAAAUGAUGCUCAGACAGACGUGCCUGCAAGACAUGCAGAGAAGAAACGGAAUGGCCUUGAACCUGAGAAAACCUUACAUCACCAUUGGAGUGGAUGUAGUUGCCUGUGUUUUCAGCUUGCGUCAACUCCACCGUAGGAGGUAAAUUUCAUGUCCCACCAACAUAAAGAACCAGUAGCUGAGUAUGUGGAGUAGUGCUGGGUGGUAUGACCAAAAAUGUAUAUCAGGAUGUUUUUUUUUUUUUUUUUUUUUUUUAAGAUUCUGACGGUUUGACAGUAUGUCAGAUUUUUUUAUUUUUUUUAUUUAUAUAUAUUUAUAUUUUUGCAUGACUUUGUGGCUUUAAGGUUUGUGGCAUAUUGUUAUGUCAGAAGUAUAUAGAAUAUAAAACAUGAAGCAUUUAAAUAAAGGCUUUGAUUACUAUAGAGUUUACUUUGUCCCACAAAGUUACACAAUAUAUGAAGGAAUCUGUCUGCAUUUACAAUAAAACAGUUGCCAACUUUAA